GGGCCGUGGCUCGUUUACCCGGUGCUGUGGUUAAAACAAAAUGAAGAUUUUUUCUGAAUCUCAUAAAACAGUAUUUGUUGUAGAUCACUGCCCUUACAUGGCAGAAUCAUGCAGACAGCAUGUCGAGUUUGAUAUGCUGGUGAAGAAUAGGACCCAAGGAAUCAUCCCUUUGGCACCCAUAUCUAAAUCAUUGUGGACUUGUUCAGUAGAAUCUUCCAUGGAAUAUUGUAGAAUAAUGUAUGAUAUAUUUCCUUUCAAAAAGCUGGUGAAUUUCAUUGUGAGUGACUCUGGAGCACAUGUUUUAAAUUCUUGGACUCAAGAAGACCAAAAUUUGCAGGAGCUAAUGGCAGCAUUAGCUGCUGUUGGGCCUCCUAAUCCACGAGCAGAUCCAGAAUGCUGCAGCAUUUUGCAUGGUCUCGUUGCAGCAGUGGAAACCCUGUGUAAAAUUACAGAAUACCAACAUGAGGCUCGUACUCUACUAAUGGAAAAUGCAGAACGUGUUGGUAAUAGAGGACGAAUAAUUUGCAUUACUAAUGCAAAAAGUGAUAGUCAUGUGCGUAUGCUUGAGGACUGUGUCCAGGAAACAAUUCAUGAGCAUAACAAGCUUGCUGCAAAUUCAGAUCAUCUCAUGCAGAUUCAGAAGUGUGAGCUGGUCUUGAUCCAUACUUACGCAGUUGGUGAAGACAGCCUUGUAUCUGAUCGUCCUAAAAAGGAGUUAUCUCCUGUUUUAACCAGUGAAGUUCAUAGUGUUCGUGCAGGACGGCAUCUUGCUACCAAAUUAAAUAUUUUAGUACAGCAACAUUUUGACUUGGCUUCAACUACUAUUACAAAUAUUCCAAUGAAGGAAGAACAACAUGCUAAUACAUCUGCCAAUUACGAUGUGGAGCUGCUUCAUCACAAAGAUGCACAUGUGGAUUUCCUGAAAAGUGGUGAUACCCACAUAGGUGGCAGCAGUAGAGAAGGUUCAUUUAAAGAAACGAUAACAUUAAAGUGGUGCACACCCAGGACAAAUAACAUUGAAUUACACUAUUGCACUGGCGCUUACCGAAUUUCACCUGUAGACGUAAAUAGUAGACCUUCCUCCUGCCUUACUAAUUUUCUUCUAAAUGGUCGUUCUGUUUUAUUGGAACAACCACGAAAGUCAGGUUCCAAAGUCAUUAGUCAUAUGCUUAGUAGCCAUGGAGGAGAGAUUUUUUUGCAUGUCCUUAGCAGUUCUCGAUCCAUUCUAGAAGAUCCACCUUCAAUUAGUGAAGGAUGUGGAGGCAGAGUUACAGACUACCGGAUCACAGAUUUUGGUGAAUUUAUGAGGGAAAACAGAUUAACUCCUUUUCUAGACCCCAGAUACAAAAUCGAUGGAAGUCUUGAGAUCCCCUUGGAACGAGCAAAAGAUCAGUUAGAAAAACACACCCGUUACUGGCCUAUGAUUAUUUCACAAACCACCAUUUUUAACAUGCAAGCGGUAGUUCCAUUAGCCAGUGUUAUUGUGAAAGAAUCUUUGACAGAAGAAGAUGUGUUAAACUGUCAAAAAACAAUAUACAACUUAGUUGAUAUGGAAAGGAAAAAUGAUCCUCUGCCUAUUUCCACAGUUGGUACAAGAGGAAAAGGCCCUAAGAGAGAUGAACAAUACCGUAUCAUGUGGAAUGAAUUAGAAACCCUUGUUAGAGCUCAUAUCAACAACUCGGAGAAACAUCAGAGAGUUUUGGAAUGUCUGAUGGCGUGUAGGAGCAAACCCCCAGAAGAAGAAGAACGAAAGAAACGAGGAAGAAAGAGGGAGGACAAAGAGGACAAAUCAGAGAAAGCAGUGAAAGAUUAUGAACAGGAGAAAUCUUGGCAAGAUUCAGAGAGAUUAAAAGGAAUCUUAGAACGUGGAAAAGAAGAGUUGGCUGAAGCUGAGAUUAUAAAAGAUUCACCUGAUUCCCCAGAACCUCCAAACAAAAAGCCCCUUGUUGAGAUGGAUGAAACUCCACCAGUAGAAAAAUCAAAAGGGCCAGUGUCCUUAUUAUCCCUGUGGAGUAAUAGAAUCAAUACUGCCAAUUCUAGAAAACAUCAGGAGUUUGCUGGACGUUUGAACUCUGUUAAUAACAGAGCUGAAUUAUAUCAACAUCUUAAAGAGGAAAAUGGAAUGGAGACAACAGAAAAUGGCAAAGCCAGCCGGCAGUGAAGAAUGACUUGAGGAACUAAAAUUUACUAUAUUGCAUACAUAUUUUGGGCAGAAUUUGAUAUAAGUACUUUUACAGCAAGAUUGUAUAGUUAUGUUGCCUGGACUGGUUUUUACAUUUUUAAAAUAUUUCAACUAACUUUAUCUUUUUUGUAUUAAUUGUAAAAUUGGCACAUAUAUCAAAAAUAUACAUUUGAAAUUUGUCCUCCCAAAUCACACAAAUUUAUUUUAUGGUAAAAGGAUGUU